AUGCCAGAACCGGUCGGGAUUGCUAACUUGCCCAACCAGCGAUACAAGAUUGCCGCCAAGAAGGGCGCCACGUUCACCUUGAUGGUGGCGGGCGAGUCCGGGUUGGGGAAAACCACGUUUGUCAAUACGCUUUUCCAAACGGCGUUGAAGGAGCACCAGGACCCGGAAACCAGGCACAACAAGUUCACGUCCGCGCACCAGACCGUGGACAUUGCGCUUGUGCGCGCCGUUUUGGAGGAAAAGAACUUCCGGAUCCGCUUGAACGUGAUCGACACGCCCGGAUUCGGCAACAACGUCAACAACGCGGACUCGUGGACGCCCAUAAUCGACUUCAUCGACGACCAGCACGACUCGUUUGUCAAGCAGGAGAAACAGCCGCUCCGCGCUGACAAGAAGGACUUGCGUGUGCACGCAUGCUUGUACUUCAUCCGCCCGACGGGCCACUCGUUGAAGCCGUUGGACAUUGAGAUCAUGAAGCGGCUCUCGACGCGUGUCAACUUGAUCCCGGUGAUUGCCAAGUCCGACACCUUGGCGCUCAACGAGUUGGAGUUGUUCAAGGCGCGCAUAAGAGACGUGAUCGAGGCCCAGGACAUAAAUAUCUACACGCCGCCCUUGGACUUGGACGACCCGGCCUCUGCCGAGCACUCGAAGCAGUUGAUAGAGGCCAUGCCGUUUGCCGUUGUCGGCUCCGACGAGGACGUGGAGCUUUCGCCCGGCAACUUUGUCAAAGGAAGAAAGUACCCCUGGGGGGUGGUGGAGGUCGAGAACGAGAGGCACUGCGACUUCAAGAAGUUGCGUUCUCUCUUGUUGCGGACGAACAUGUUGGACUUGAUCUUGCUGACCAACGAGAUCCACUUCGAGACGUACCGCUCGUUGAAGUUGGGGACCUUGAACAAGGAAAACGGCGCCGCCAACGCCGAGGACGCCGAGGCCAUGAAGAAGCCGAGAAGAUUGCACAACCCCAAGUUCAAGGAGGAAGAGGAGGCGUUGAAGAAGUUCUUCACGGAGCAAGUGAAGGCGGAAGAACAGAGGUUCAAGCAGUGGGAGACCAACAUCGUGAACGAGAGAAACCGCUUGAACCAGGACUUGGAGGAGAUGCAGUCGAAGUUGAAGGUGUUGGAGGACCACGUCAAAAAGUUGCAGUUGAGCAAGAAGUAG